GCCUGAAAAGGGCAUGGGGAGGAGGGAGGUCCGGGUUCUGGGUGUCGUCUCUUUGGAGUUUGUCACCCGAAUGAGGAUGAAGUGGUUUUUAUUUCAAGAAAUCGGUAAAAAAGAAAGCUCCGUCGCUCCAAAGCUCAGUUGACGGGAAGAGGGGUGUGCCGCUGCGAAAUCGAAAGCGAUCACCCCAAAGACGGGUGAGCCCUAGCACCCCGCGCUCCCCCGUCCCCCUAGGUUGGACCAUGGCUACCCCAAAGCCGAGGAUCCUGCCCUGGCUAGUGUCGCAGCUGGACAGUGGGCAGCUGGAGGGCGUGGCAUGGCUGAACGAGAGCCGCACGCGCUUUCGCAUCCCUUGGAAGCACGGCUUGCGGCAGGAUGCCCAGCAGGAGGACUUCGGCAUCUUCCAGGCCUGGGCCCAGGCCAGCGGUGCUUACACUCCUGGGAAGGAUAAGCCUGACCUGCCCACCUGGAAGAGGAAUUUCAGGUCUGCCUUGAACCGGAAGGAAGUGUUGCGUUUAGCGGAGGACCGGAGCAAGGAUCCCCAUGACCCGCACAAGAUCUACGAGUUUGUGUCCUCAGGAGUUGGGGACUGUCCUGAGCUGGACACCUCUCCAGAAACCGAUGGCAGAUGCAGUACCUCCGAUACCCAGGAAGACAUUCUAGAGUUACUGAGUGACAUGGCCUUGGUCCCAGGUCCAAAUGAGGGGCCCUUGAGCCUGGCCAUGGCCACUGAACAGCCCCCCCAGCUCUUGCUGAGCCCCAGCUUAGACAUCCCUGCUCCCUGCCCAAACUCAGAACCCCCUGAAAACCCACUGAGGCAGCUCCUGGUGCCUGAGGAAGAGUGGGAGUUCGAGGUGACUGCCUUCUACCGGGGCCGCCAAGUCUUCCAGCAGACCAUCUUCUGCCCAAAGGGCCUGCGGCUGGUGGGGUCAGAAGCAGGGGACAAGGCACUGCCUGGGCAGCCGAUCACACUGCCAGACCCUGGAGUGUCCCUUACAGACAAGGCUGUGACAGGCUACGUGAAGCGUGUGCUGAGCUCCCUCGGGGGGGGCCUAGCUCUGUGGAGGGCAGGGCAGCAGCUCUGGGCCCAGAGGCUGGGGCACUGCCACACCUACUGGGCCAUGGGCGAGGAGCUCCUCCCCAGCAGUGGUCACGGGCCUGAUGGCGAGGUCCCCAAGGACAGGGAAGGAGGUGUGUUCGACCUGAAGCCCUUCGUGGCAGGCUCCUGGGCCCCCAGAUCUGAUCGCCUUCAUCGAAGGAAGUGGACGCUCGCCACGCUACACCCUCUGGUUCUGCAUGGGGGAGUCAUGGCCCCAGGAUCAGCCAUGGAUCAAGAAGCUUGUGAUGGUCAAGGUCGUUCCCACGUGCCUCCGGGCCCUGCUGGAGAUGGCACGGGCAGGGGGUGCCUCCUCCCUGGAGAACACGGUGGACCUGCACAUUUCUCACAGCCACCCGCUCUCCCUCACGGCAGACCAGUACAAGGCCUACCUCCAGGACCUGGUCGAGGACAUGGAUUUCUAGGAUCCGGUCGAGGACAUGGAUUUCUAGGUCACUGGGGAGGCCCUUCUCCCUCCCCACAUCAACCAGUAAACUAGUUCUUGCCAUAGUCA